UGGAGCCGAAGGGUUUUUGCAGACAAUCAUUUGGGAACGAAAACUCCCGAUGGUUAGCAUAACUGAGGAGGUGAGAGAUCUUCAGAGAGGCUGCUAUUAAGAGAGGGAGACGCAUCAGUCUUCCAAAGUGUGCUUAUUGAGUUUGCUGUAGUUUUCAUGGUGUAUGGGGUAUUCAUGGCAUCUUCAGAUUUUCAGAUCGAGUGCCCUUUUUGCAUCAACUUUCCUUGAGGCUAGUAGGAGAUAUUAUUAGUGGAUGGUUGGAGGUCGAAUUGUAUGAAGUUUGGUCAAUUUGCAGGUCUGAUAGAAAAAUCGACUUCAGCCUAUAUACCCAUGAUUUUGUUCAUCCUUCAUCAUUGAAGCAUCAAAUACUAAGUUUGAGGACAGCGAUAUUUUUGGAAGUCAAAGGCGAUUCUUCUUGAGAUAUUUCUAGGUGAUAUUGUGGAGGAAUUAGAGUUCUAUUAGUCUGAAUCAAAAUCAUACUGGUCAGCUGUGUUUCUUCGAUUUUGUUCACACCACUUCCUUUUGGCAUCAAAUCUCAUCAUUAAUGGUAGCACUACCCUUGUAAGGUGAAGGCGAACCUUUUAGGAGAGAAGAUUGAGGGUUUACUGCUGAUCAUCAUUUAAUAUCAAACCUUUCAUUAGCAGCAGUAGGGGCGAUUUUUGAAGGAGAUUGAACUGGCACAUUGGAGGCUCCUUUGACCUUGAUAUUGCUUGCUUCUUCAAGGUGCUUUAUCCCAGGUUGAUUUUCUAUUCCAGGAGCAGAAUCUUUUGGAUGGAUAUGAUAUGGUUGUAAAAUUCUGUGAAUGCAUCUUGGAGCGUCUUUCUUAUAUUCGUAGACACAAGGAUCGCCCUCAAGAUAUCAAUGAAGCAGUAUCAAGCUUGAUUUAUGCUUCUGCAAGGUGUGCUGAUUUACCGGAGUUGUUGCGUUUGCGUAGUCUUUUUGCAAAGAGAUAUGGAUAUGAAUUUGCCUCUGCUGCAGUGUAUCUACAUCACAAUUCUUGUGUAAAUCAACAGAUUAUUGAGCAACUGCCUGAUAGAUUGCCAGACAUUGAUUCUAAGUUGAAGUUACUGAAAGGUAUAGCAGUUGAGUUCAACCUCCAGUGGGACUCCUCAAAUAUUGAAGCAGACUUUGGCGAGCCCACCAAAGAUUCAUUGGGAGGAUCUGGAGGGUCCAAAAAGUUCAACUCAGAGAAUUCCAAAUGUUUGCAGGAUGGAGUUGAUUCGUCUUUUCAUCCAUCUUUCAAUGAUGCAACAUAUGUAGAUAGCACUUACAUGCAAUCUGUAAAUGAUGGCAGGAGCAAUAUAAAUGAGUUCUCUGACAGCAUCGAGAAAAAGAGAAGUGCUUAUUUCAAUGAAGACAAUGAGAAAUCAGCAUUGCAUGUUGGAUGUGAAGAUCAAAUUUUUGAAAGAGAUAUUCCAGUAGUUUAUGGGAGUGUCCAAGAAACAUUUGUUGAGACUUCAAGCCUUGAAAAGACAGAAAGAUUGCCAUGUGGAAUUGGUUUGAUAAAUAGAUACCACAAUGUUGGUCCAGGAUCAAAUGGGCAUGGAUUUGUGAAGGGUGCCUCGUUUGAUUCUUGUUCCAUUGAUAAUAAUCAUUCUGAGGAUUUGGGUUACAAUAAUGGCAGUGCUGCUGAACCACCAGAUGGAGCUACAUCUCAGGCCACAAAUCUUUUAAAAAUUUCCAAGUCACAAAUGGAAGUUAAACACUCUGAUUCCCUGGAUUACACCUCAGAAAACGAGGAAGAUGUUAGUGACAAAAAAAUGUUGCAACAGUCUGAUGCUAUGCCAUUACAAAGCAAGCAUUCAAGUUGGGCACAUACUGCAGAAAAUGGAUACAGUAGAAUCCAAACAUGCUCUCCGCAAAGGAGGGAAGUCCUAGUUGACAGAGAUUCAGAGCUCAGAUCAGCUAGGUACAGUAGCCCAAGCAAGUCACAAAAAACUAAGCUCAUGCAGACUUCAUCUGAUUGCUACAGGGAAAAGCAAGGAGUUCACAAUUAUCUCAAGAGACAUGUAAAUACAAGAUCAUCGCCAACAAGUAAUACUGAUGUAAAGAAGGUUGGAGAUGGUAGCAUAGAAUUUGAUGAACGUAGAUGGUGCAGUCCAAAACAGAAAGACACAAAAAUUGAAAGAUUGGUUAUAGUUGAUGACACUGAAGUAAGUGAGAGAUACCCUGAAGGAGGGACUAUGAGAGAUAAAGGAUGCUAUUUCAAAGAUUAUAUUGAAGUUGAUGGCAGCUCCAGAUUGGGAGACAGAUUAAAACAUCAGAAUUCAUCUAGAACUAGAAAAAAGAUCAGACGAGAAUCAAGGAGAAGACAUUCAAUUUCUAGUCAUUAUCCCAUUGAAAUUAACAGUCUUUAUCCUGAUUACAAUAAUAGUGCGGAUAGUACUUUUCCUAUGCCCAAUAGAUCAGGUCAUUUUAAAACUGUCUCUUCAAAAAAUGAGAAUAGAGCAGGGGUAUUCUAUACUGAUGAUUUUGUCAAAACAGAGGGUGGAGUUACUGUCAGAAAAUAUUCAGAUUGUGGUACUAAUAUUCGGGUAAUGGCACAGCCAUUGUUUGAAGAUAAAGUCAGAUCAGUAUCAAGAAAUGGACAUCGGACAUCAUAUGAUAUGAUUGAUUCUUAUAUUGACUCAGAUUCAGAUUCAGAUGUUGAAAUAUCCAUCAUUCCUCAGAACAUCUAUCAGGUAAGAGAUUGUCCAUCUCCUGGAUAUGUUCAGCUUCAUGGUAAGAAAACCAUUCAAAGAGGAGAAAAGGAAAAUGAACAACGUUCAUUUGAGGAAGAACAUGACAUCAGGAAAGUAUGUAAUAAGGACAAGAGUAAUAUGGGUAAACAGAGGUCUAAUGAAACAUCUAAUGGCUUCCAGCCAUCAGAAAAUGAUGAACUGUUGAAUGGGACUUACAGUUCUAGGAAACAGAUAUUCUAUCCGAGCAAGGAAAUUCAUAUUGCUAGAUUUAUAAGAGAUCGGCCACUUGGGCCACACCAGAAUGGGGAUGAAGCUACCUUACACUCUCUAGAUGAUUCUGGUGAAGAUAUGCUAUAUGGAAUUGAUAAAACUUACACUUCCAGUUCUGUAGGUAUGCAUCCAUAUAAGCUACAGCAGCGUAGGGGUGAUAGUACCUUACAUUCUCUGGAUGGCUCUCAAUCACCUAAGAACAAUGAUCACCUUGAAAAUAAUGAUGAAGAUGUGGAGCAGAAAUUUCAGCAGUCUAAUCAUAGAAGGCAGUGGUCAAAUCCUACUCUCAUGAGACAUUCCAAAUCUCAAGAAAUUCAUUGCAAGGGUGGUAAAACUCUGGAAAACAAGCCACAGAAAGGAAGAAAAGAAUCACUGAAUUUGUGUCAUAAGGAUAAUUAUGAUUGUGAUAUAGACAGUUCAGACUCCGAAGAUCAGUAUGCUAGACAAUCUCAUCCCAUAAGAAAGGUACGAAAGGCUGAGCACAUGACAAAUUCUGAAUCAGUUCGAAGAAGAAGUUUUGAUUAUAGAUUUCAUGACAACAAGCCACGUGGAGGAAGCAGUAAAUUGCUAGAAGAAAACUGUGAAGAACCAGAGUUUGGAGGUAAUAUAUAUGAUGAGUCUACUGCUAGAAGAAUUGGAAACUUCUGCAGUCCAAGGGUUUCUUUUGUGUACAUUGACAGGCCUGGUAAGGCCCAGCAGCAACCUAGUUCAGUGUGCUACAUGGAAGAAAAUGAGUAUAACCAGGCUUGCAUUGAGAGGCACAGAAUGCAUGGAACAGAUUGCUUCCCCACGAAAGAAAGACAGCAGUCCAAUGGAGCAAACUUAAAGAACAGGAUUUCUACAUAUAACCUGGCAAGGGAUGAACUCAAGAAUCCACUUUAUGAGGCAAGUAAUGUAUCUAAGAGUAGGAAUCCCCCAAGUACAGCUGAUCAGGUUGAAUCUUACAAUCAACAUGUGUGUGAAGAAAAAACAAGUAUGGGUGACAUUUCCACCUCCUUGAUGCAUCAGAAUACAGACUUUGUAAAGAGAAACUCUGAUGCUGCUAGUGUGGCAACACCUCGUCGCCCUCCAUUAUCUCCAGCUACUCCCUCCUUAUCAUCAGGAUUUCGUUCAUGUGGCAGACCUUCUAGCCCCGCGUCCCCUUCCGUGAGACCUCCUCAAAGGCCUCCACCAAAACUUCCAUGUAGAUGGGAAAGGGUCGUUUCAUUGCCCCCUGAACGCUCAAAUGCAUCUCCAGUAAAAUCAGCAGUUCGAUCCCAAUCAAUGCAGACUAGUCUCUCUAAAGAAACUACAUCUAAUGCUGAUUCUCCAUGCAUUCUCCAUGUUCAUCCAAAGCUUCCAGAUUAUGAUGACUUGGCUGCCAAAUUUAUGGCAAUGAAAGAGCAUCACAGGGCAAGUACUGCAUCCGAAUAGCCCCAUUAUGUUAUAAGUGCUGUAUGAUGCAGUCUUUUCAGUUUAUGCUUGCAAUAGUUCAAUAGCCAUACCCUGGAAUUUCUCAUAGUGAGGGAAAAGACAGAAAACAUUGGUAGGAGAGAUUUGAUCAUCUCUUGUGAUGUGAUGUUUAUGUAAUCUGGUUUCGUUGAUGGGGCACUCUGCAUUUCUUUAUGUGAUUCAGUUGAAACUUGAGUGCUGAUUCUUAGAAGGAAAUCAGGCGAAUUUACAAGACAAAUGCAUCUUUUUUUGAGAAGACUGUGAUUCAAAUCUAGUGUCAAUUGGAAAACAAAUCAUCCUUGGGAGAUGGUUGGAUGGACUCUCUUUUUCCCAUAUUCAAACACAGUGAUGGUGGCAACGGUUUCAGCCAUUCUUGUUCAGAAUUUGAAUAUCCCUAACGUGUACAAAUAUAAUUGGGAAACACUUAUAAUUUGUAUCUACAUUUAGGUCUCAUCUGUUCAAUUAGUCUCUUUCUAGUGUCAUGGAAAAAACAAUUGGGGUUACCAUUUUGCUGCUCGAGGCACCAAAGCUACUUGAGAGAGGGUGGUUGUAAGCAAAUUUUGAUUAGUUUCUCUUGAUUGGGAUUACAUGAGACGGGUACUGGACAGAAUACUAAACUUCAGGGAUCUUAUUAUCUUCUCCAAGAUUAGGUUAUAAGGUAAGGCUGCGAUUCUUUUGGUUAUUUUCUUUGAGAUCAACUAUCUGCAUAGACAUUUUGGAGCUCCAACGGGAGUCCAAGUUUUCACCAUUUUUCCCUUUGCAUCAAUCAACCUAUCCCACGGAUUACGUAACUACUGAUUUGAUUGAUCGUUCGUAAGUAUACAGAGUAUACUUUUGUACAGAUUUUUUUACCAAAUUACAUACAUAUAAGGAGAUUUUUUCCCAUUUA